CAAAAAACCCACAUAUUUUCUACAACACCAACAAAAAUAAAAAUACCUUCAAUUUAGAGAGAUCAAAGCCAAAGUGAUUAAUUAGCAAGAUUAUUAAUAAUUAAGGUUAUUUAAUCAUAAUAAUCAUGGUAGUUUCUUCUCCAAAUCCCCUAAAAAGAACCAAGAAAACAAAGGCAGUUGGAGUGCCAACUAUUGAUCUUUCUCUUAAGUAUGAAGAUAGGCUAUCUUUAUCAGACCUCAUUGUUGAGGCUUGUGAAGAGUUUGGAAUUUUUAAGGUUAUUAAUCAUGGUAUAUCCUCGGAUAUCAUCUCUUCUCUUGAAAAACAUGGCCUCGACUUCUUCGCCAUGCCAUCGUCGGAGAAACACCUUGCUGUGGGUCCCAACGUCCCUAAGCCUUUUGGUUAUGGCUUUCGUAACAUUGGUAACAAUGGUGACGUUGGUGACCUUGAGUACCUUCUCCUUCACGCUAACUUAUCUUCCACCCGUCCACCUGUUUUGAGUGACGCAGUAGAUGAUUACGUGGGGGCGGUAACAGAUUUAACAUGUGAGCUAUUAGAUCUGAUGGCUGAAGGGAUGUGGGUCCCAGAUAAAACCAUCUUCAGCAGGUUAAUCAGAGACGUCCAAAGUGAUUCUCUCUUGAGACUUAAUCACUACCCUCCAUUAGAAAACUUUGAUACAUUAAUCAACGGUUCUAAUGAACGCAUUGGAUUUGGAGAGCAUUCUGACCCUCAGAUCUUAACCAUCUUAAGAUCCAACGAUGUUGGAGGUCUUCAGAUUUCUAUGCCUGAUGGUUUGUGGGUCCCAGUUCACCCUGAUCCUAAUGCCUUCUAUGUUAUGGUGGGGGAUGCUCUUCAGGUACUGACAAAUGGGAGGUUCGAAAGUGUGAAACAUAGGGCGAUGGCGAACAAUUCAGCAAGCAAGGCAAGGAUGUCUAUGAUAUAUUUUGGUGCACCACCUAUAAAUGCAACCAUAUCUCCGAUACAAGAGAUGGUGUCACCUAUGAAUCCAAGUCUCUACACGCCCUUUACAUGGGGGGAAUAUAAGAGAGCAAUGCAUACUUCAAGAUUAAGUGAUUGUCGUCUCAACCUCUUCAAGAGACGCAAUGAUCAAUGAUUUUCAAUUUUAAUUAUGAUCCAUAAACCUAGUUUAGUACUAAGUUUAUAUUCAACAACAAGAGAAACUAAGGGGUGCCGGUGGUGGGGGAAGAAACUCCCAUUUUUGGUAUGGGAAUAUGGGAUCCAUUAUGAUGAAUAUCAUAAUUUUAACCUUGUGGAGUUGUGGUGGGCUAUUUAGCUAGCUAGUUGAUAGAGACACCUGGGAAAAGCAGAAAAUGAUGUAUAUAAUCAUGGGGUUUUUGUUAGGAGUUGAAAUUGUUGGAGGGUGUUUAUAUCAAGUUAUGGGUUUCAUAUAAUUUGCGUAUAAGACACCUUCCAUUAUUUCAAUGUAAUGUAGGCCUGUGGCUUAAUUAAGCAAAGUAUAUCUAUUAGAAAGUUAAUCUUUAAAAGAAAGUCUCGAACUAGCUAUAA